AUGCUCCUGAAUGAGCACCAUACUAUUUUCUUUCUCGACCUCACAGCUGCGAAAAUUCAUUGCAUUUGCAGAGACAGAGCAUUGGAAAACCCAGCCUGGAGGAAUUGUCUGCUCUCGUUGGACUUAUAUGCCCUCCCGGCGCUGCGGCUGACGCUGGCGGCAGGUAGGGGCUUGAGAAUAUACUUGAAGAUUACGCUGAUCUGUGAAAUAUUUGUUUGCAGUGACAGCGAAAGCUCUCCUCUCCGUGUCCAAGAGAAUCUUGCUGCAUACGACGCAGAGCUAGCCAAGAUUCGCGAUCUCCGCGACGCGGUGGUCGCUGCCUCCCUUCGGUUUCGAGCGGGCAGAAACAGCUGCGUGAAGAUCACCACUCUACCGACCGAAGUCCUUCGGCAGAUUUUCUGUCUAGCGGUGGAGUGCGGUUUGAGACACCAGACAAACUUUGCGAUUGCUGCAACAUGCGCUCGUUGGCGGACGGUCGCAUUUGGCGAGUCAUGCACGUGGACCCACCUGCCGCUGACGAAACUCGGGAUCAGCGCAUACGAUUUUUACAAGGCACGGAAUCGUUGUGGCAUGCCUUUAACGGUGACCAUCCACGAUUCGUGGCCGAUAUUCCUGAACAAGAACGCGGUGGAGGUACAAGCCUUCCAUGCCGUAUUUUCGCAGGACAAGUACUACGAGAAACUCUUUUGCAAGUUGCAGCUUAUCAACACGAUCGAGUUCACGAUACAUCUCCCCGAGCGACCCUGGAGGCAUGUACUCAGUGAUAGCAUCUUCCAGGAUGCAAACCGCCUGCAGUACCUGACGCUGCGGGGCUGCCGGUUCUCCUGGGAUUCCAAGUGCUACGGCCCAAAUCUGUUGGAGCUGCGAGUGGAGGUGCACGGGCCGGCCGCUUCUGAGUACAUGUCCGGGAAGGAAGGGGGUAUUCUGCAAAUAUUUCGCGCGUCGCCCAGGCUGCGGAAGCUGGAGCUGGAGCUGCAUGAGGCCAAAGGUGAGGUGGGGACUCCUAGCCAGGACUAUGCUCUGUCCAUACAGGAUCAACCUGACCUCUGCCACACGCGUAUUGAGAUGGAUUGGCUGCGUUCCAUCACUCUAGACCUCCCGUUCGAGUACGCAACGCACAUCCUCGAAUCCAUCUCCCUCCCGGUAGAGACAAUGGCCCGGUUCGAGCUCACAGUCCAUGAUUCGCGGUCGCAGAAAUACGCUCUGGGCGACAUCCUCGGCGGCACGCGUGUUCCGCUGGGGUUGUUCGCCGGCCUGCGUGAGCUGCGCCUGCAUGACCUCCGUAGUGAAGGGCUAGGUAUGCGUGGGUUGGGCCUGCACCAGCGACAGUUCGCAAUUCCAGAGCCAUACACGUUCUCCGUUUCGCACUGGCCCUCCUUCAGCGCCUCGUUGGGAGGCGACGGCCGCAUGGGCUUCUUUCCUGAGUUGCGCGCGCUCGUGCCGCAGAUGGUGCAUCUCGAGCAUCUCAUCUUCCGCGUCUGCAAUGGCGUUUAUUCUCAGGCUUCUUUGGCGAAGGAGGACGCGAGGUCGAUGGCCUCGCUUGUACCAGAAUGGACGCCGCGACUGAGGAAGAUUACAUUCGACGGAUGUCAGCCAGUGCUGCUGGACGCGCUUCGAGAGCGGCUUGCAGAUGCAUUCGCUACCAGCUUGGAAUUCCGGAGUCGUCGUGGUGGUAGUAAAUAA